CCCAAAUCGCAAUCUUGUCCUAGAAUUGAAGCUUCGAAAAUUUCCAAGAAUAUCGCAAAUAUUUGCAAGGUAAUGAACGCUUCGUCAAAGCCCCUUCAGCUGGUCCACUUACCUUCUUCAACGCGGCUCUCUACACGCUCCAAUUUCUACAGAGGUGUGAAUUUUCUUCCGAGGAGGGUUAAUCUGCAAUUGAGCUGUAGCUGCGAACGCCAGCUGAAAAGGGAGAGUGGAAACGACGCCGUUGCGGGAGAGUUGAUGAUGUUUGGAGCUAGUUUGCAGCGGCGAUCAGCUCUGAUUGCCGCGGUGGCUUGUAUUUUGGUGAUCGGCAAUGCGCCGCAUAAAACCCUAGCUUCCAAUUCGCCGUCGGCUUUUGUCGAAAAUGUCAUUUAUUCCAAUAAAAUUGCCAUUUUCUCCAAAUCAUAUUGCCCAUAUUCCUUGCGAGCCAAGCACGUAUUUAGUGAACUCGAGGAGCAGCCGUAUGUCGUGGAGCUUGAUCUUCGGGAUGAUGGAUAUAAGAUUCAGGACGUUCUCCUGGAAUUGGUUGGGCGACGAACUGUCCCACAAGUGUUUGUAAAUGGGAAGCAUAUUGGCGGUUCUGAUGAUCUGCAAGCUGCUGUCAAAAGUGGUAAACUGCAGAGCCUACUCAGUAAAGAUUGACGCAAUUCGUAUAGUAAGAGACGUCUACAGCUACUGUUGACAUGGUCGUCGUAGCCAUUCAGGUCAAUUUGGCCAUCAUCAUCUCCAUCGUCACAUUCAUGACUCUAUUAGAAGGAUUUAUUUGUGUGUUGUCAAAGCUUUCACCACAUCUUUAGCGGACUUGUUGGUAUUGGCGUCUUAA